AUGAACCGCCAAUUUAAUCUAACGGAUACUCGCCACUACCUUCGCAAGCGGUUUUGCUCGCAAAAGGACGAGCUCAACUCCGGCAAGACAUACCUGGCCCUGAAGGAACACGAGAGGAGAGCCGUCGGUCGCAAUUACGUGGCCUGCAAGAAUGUCAUGCCUCGGCUCGCUAAACCCGAAGUGGAGAAGUGCAAGCUGGAGCUGAAGGACGAAUUCAAAGUCUGCUACAAGCUCCGUCCUCCGGUUGCCAGGCUGCCCGAGCCUAGCAAAGCCUCCGCGAGCGAUCUCGAACAGGGCUAUGACCCAAAGAUGUUGACGGACGAUUAUCUGCUGACGGCUUUGAUGCAGGCGCCCCCUGUGCAGAUGACGCCGAUGAAGCCGUCUCCCAGCGCUUGUUCGACACCGAAAACCACGCGUGGUAGCCGUCAAUGGCACGGUAGCGUCGGCAAGACUGUUCUGAUGCACCGCAAGCGCGACAACCCGGCUUCCAAAUUAAUUCAGGAGUCAGAGCCCGAGCGUGGCCAGCCGCUCUACGCCCGUCGCGGUAUUCCCGUCAGCAGUUUGAAGAUUUCGUCUAGCCCGAAGAAGAACUGGGCCCAGUACUCGCCGUACAAUCUGCGUUCGGCCCAGCGCAACAGCCAUCUCCAGCGCCUGAACACGGCCAGCCCGAGCAGCAUUGACUCACCGUCGGGAAUGCUCGCUAAAAACGUUGCCGAGUUCGCUCUGCAAUCUCCCGUCACGACGCCGUCAAUCCGCACUGGCAAGUCGGGCUCGGCCAACUUCUUUUUCGGAGACACUGCCGAACGCAACAGCAACCACUUGAUU